AUGAUUCGCGGAUUCUUCAGAGGAGCUACAGCUUCCCUGCCAAGAGCCUUCAUAGGAACCUCUCAGUUGACUUCUUUUGCUGUAGCAAAAGAAGGUCUCAACAAAUUCGAGGUGUUCCAACAAAACCCGAUUAUCAGUACUGCCCUAGCUGGAGCCGCUGCUGGAGUGGUGCUCAGCGUGGCGACAACACCUUUUGAUAUGGUUCUCACGAAUAUUGUACAGUGGGUACCUGGAUUGCAUGAGAAAAAUCUACACGAAAAAUGGUCUCCGACCGUUCUACAAGGGAAUGGGGCCACUUUACCUCAAACUCGGACCUCAUACGAUGCUUUGUCUCCUCUUCUGGGAGGAAUUCAAGGGGCUGUACAAGAAUUACAACCAGGAUUCUGA